GCUUAACUCUUCACGGUCCACCUCAUAUCUCGUCUUUUUGCUUCGCUCCUCGUGUGUCGAACAAGAUGGCUCUAGAUUUGGACGGAAGAGACGAAAACCCUCCACUACAAACAGGUCCAAAGGAAGCGGCGACCGCAAAGGCUCCCUUCAGUUUAACCCACACGCGCAAAGUAUGUACACUGUGUGUACACACCACAGCUCGACAGAUUCCUCCCAGAUCUCGUGCCGAAAUGCAAGCAGGAGGAUAAGACCCUGCGUAAAACUCAAGAUUUACUGCUGGAUGUGUCAGGGCCAAUCUCAGCAGCCUAUGAACAUAUCUGCCAAGCAAAGGACAAUCCUCAGGAAGCUAAUUUGUCUGAAGUCCUAAGCCUCCUCACAAAGUCCCUGCAGUUACUGGGUAAUGUCAACAACCACUUGUCUGCCAAGUGUAGGACACAGGUGUUGUCCAAGAUUGGGCCAAAGUAUACUUCUCUAUCCAAUGAAACAUGGAAAAAUAAUGGCAAAGAGCUAUUUGGCCAAGAGUUUGAGCAACGCCUCAAGCAGCGUGCAGAAACAGCAAAGGCCAUUUCCUCAGCUUCAUUUUUCCCUAGAGGAAGGCCCUUUUUUCGGAGAGGUGCCUCCUCGUCAGGAACAUGGCAGCAGGGAGGCACAGCAUACGGCCAGUACAGCACCAGAGUUCGGGGUCAGUUCAGAUCAACCAGACCAAUCAGGGGAAGGGGCAGAGGAUUUAUGCCCAGCUCAACCCAGUCAACACCCCAACAAUAAACAGUCAAGAUAUGUUUAUCGCACCUCCCCAGGAAAAUCUAGUCAUAGGGGGGCGAACAGCUCACUUUUAUUCAAAUUCGCUAGACGUAACAAACGACCCAUGGGUCCUAGAAUCUAUCUCGGGCCACAAAUUAGAGUUUGUACAGGAGCCUACCAGCUUAUGGUACCAGUCAUGCAUCUCAGACCCCAGCAAAUGGAGAUAAUAGAUUCAGAGGUUAUUGCCCUGGACAAAAAAGGAGCAAUUAUCAGGGUUCUCAGCCACAGUUACCCUUUCGAAAACCAGUUUGUAAGCCCCUUAUUCACUGUACCCAAAAAAGGAAGGGGUUUCAGACCUGUGAUAAACCUCAAGGGUCUCAAUCAUUUCCAAGAAUACCAACAUUUCAAGAUGCAAGGGGUGACAAUGUUAAAAGAUCUCCUGCGAAGGGGAGAUCUUUUGACCAAAAUAGACCUAAAAGAUGCCUAUUUGACAAUUCCAAUUUCGAAACAGGACCAAAAGUAUCUGCGCUUCAGGUGGAAAAACCAGCUCUGGCAGUUUCUUUCCCUCCCAUUUGGCUUAGCAAAAGCUCCUCGGGUCUUUACCAAAAUCCUCAAACCAGUAGUAGCACACUUGAGGAAAAGGGAUAUCCGACUAAUCAUUUACUUGGACGACAUCCUAAUUAUGUCUGCGUCCAAAGAACUGGCUCUAGAACACUCGAAUACCGCCGCCUCACUGCUAAGCAAUCUAGGUUUUGUUAUCAACAGAGAAAAAUCCAUUUUAAGUCCUACAUGGGAGCUAGAGUUUCUAGGUUUCUUGGUAAACUCGAAAACAAUGUCCAUGUCCCUCCCAAGGGACAAGAUCCGAGGCAUAAAACGGGAAUGCCAAAAUAUGCUAGAAAAUCCAAGGGUGUCAGUUCGGGAUUUGUCUUGUUUGUUUCUGGGAAAAUUGUCGGCAUCCAUUCAGGCAGUUUUCCCAGCCCCCCUGCACUACCAGUUCUUGCAGAAAGCGAAACACUUCGCUCUAAAGAAAAGUCUGGAUUACGAGACCAUGUUGACCCUAGACCAUGCAGCUCAAGAGGAGCUGACAUGGUGAAGGAACCUGCCUGGAACGGA